GAAACUUGUACUUGCAUUGUAGCAUUUUGUUAUAUAAGUGGAAAACCAUGGUUAAACGGCUCGUAGAAAUCCAGAGCCUCAGGUAACGUUAGCUAGCCUACGCCCCUGCGUCAAGAAGUAGGAAAAUGUCAAAUGAAGAGGGUGGCGAGACAAAAAAUGGGAGCUCUCCUGAAAAAAUGGCCACUGAUAAAAGCAGAGAAAACCAGAACCAGCAUGGAGCGGAGGCAGCAGGCAGCACCACAGACACCAGCAUCGCAGCUAAAAACUUGGCUCUGCUUAAAGCGCACUCCCUAGAUGUGAAGUUUGACGUUGGAGAGGAGUAUGAUAUCAUAGAAACCAUUGGUACCGGGGCCUAUGGCGUUGUUUCAUCUGCCAGGAGAAGGGACAACGGCCAGCAGGUGGCAAUAAAGAAGAUUUCCAACGCGUUUGAAGUGGUGACAAAUGCCAAACGAACAUUAAGAGAGCUGAAGAUUCUCAAGCACUUCAAACACGACAACAUUAUUGCCAUUAAAGACAUCCUUCAGCCAAACCUUCCUCACGCUGCCUUUAAGUCUGUGUACGUAGUGUUGGACCUCAUGGAGAGUGAUCUGCACCAAAUCAUUCACUCUGCACAGACUCUGACCCCCGAGCACACCCGUUACUUUCUGUACCAGCUCCUUCGUGGCCUUAAGUACGUGCACUCUGCCAACGUUAUCCACCGCGACCUCAAACCCUCCAACCUGCUGGUGAAUGAAAACUGUGAGCUGAAAAUUGGUGACUUUGGCAUGGCGAGGGGUCUGAGUUCACACCCUGAGGAUACUUAUUCCUUCAUGACCGAGUAUGUGGCCACCCGAUGGUACCGUGCUCCUGAGCUCCUGCUGUCUCUAAGUCAUUAUACUUUUGCCAUUGACUUGUGGUCUGUGGGUUGCAUCUUUGCUGAAAUGCUGGGUCGUAAGCAGCUUUUUCCCGGAAAGCACUACGUCCACCAGCUCCAGCUUAUUUUGAGCGUGCUAGGCACUCCUCCUGAGGGUUUGAUCAGUUCUAUUAGGGCUGACAGGGUGCGCUCCUAUGUUCAAAGUCUUCCAUCACGAACCCCUGUUCCUUUGGCUAAACUCUACCCACAUGCUGAACCAGAGGCUUUAGACCUUCUGGGGGCCAUGUUGCACUUUGAUCCUCGUGACCGCAUCAGCGUGAGGGAGGCGCUGGAGCAUUCUUACCUGGCCAAAUACCACGACCAAGACGACGAGCCCAACUGUGUUCCCGCUUUUGACUUUGAGUUCGACAAGCUUCCGAUGAAUAAGGAACAAAUUAAAGAGGCCAUUUUGAUGGAAAUCCUCGACUUUCAUAAAAAGAAACAGAACUCUCGUCAGAGACUCCAGUUCAGGCCUUUGGCGAGAAUUACCACCGGAGUUGCAUCACAAAACAUGAGUCAGUGUAAUGCUCAGCCUGAAACUGUAGACCUGACUGGACAGGCAAUGGUUCCAAUGGAACAACGCCCACGAACACAGCAAAUCAGAGACGUGGACCUUCAACAGCAACAAGAUCAUUUACCAGCAGAAGUGAACCAAGCAUUUACGACUCAAAUGAAAACCUUUAAUAAGCCUACAGCACUUUUAGAAGUUGCACCGCUUCGUGUGACCCAAACUUUGCCAUUCCUUAGUAAAAGUGAAGGUGGUCCGGUAGAUGUGGACAUGCCCAGUGCAAACUCUGACAGCGGUCAGCCAGAGACAAUAGAUCUAACAACACCGGUGGCCAGCCAGGAUGCUCCCUCAGAAACAAUGAGACACAGCGAUGUUCCUCAGGUGCCAAACACCCAGAACCAACUCAUGGCUCAGGAUCCCACCUCUAUUCCUGCAACACAAGCACAGCCCACCACACUCCUUCAUAACACGGUGCGUUCACUGUCUCUGUCUGAAGCACAGGCCCAGUCUCUUUCUCAGUCCCUCUCCCAGUCCCUGUCCAAGAAAGUAAGGCCUCCUCCACGUGCACCAGAAGGAGCCAGAAAGGAAGGAGCCAUUUCAGAGGAUACUAAAACUGCGCUCAAAGCAGCAAUACUGAAAUCAGUUCUCAGACACAAAACCAAGACUGGAGGUGCCUUGGUUCUGGGCAUCGACGUUGGCAUACCAGGAGGCGUCUCCUUCUCCACGUGUUCCGCUCCAGAGUCGCGCCGGCCUGUCACAGCACAGGAGCGUCAACGAGAACGAGAGGAGAAAAGGAGGAAGAGGCAGGAACGAGCGAAAGAACGGGAGAGGAAAAUGAAGGAAAAGGAAAAAAGAGAAGGGAAACGAGGAGAUUUGCUGGGCGGGGUUCUGCUGAGCGACAAUGACAAAAGUCUGCUGCAGCGCUGGACAAAGAUGAUGGACAGCUGCAGUGAGAAGUGCCAGGCUGUGAUGAACGAUGGAGCAAACAACAAAGACUGUAACGUGAACUCGCACGGUGGUGCAGCUGUUGGUGACAAAGCUCCGAACAAUAAGACGGAGAAAGACGCUGCAAAGGUUCAGUCUCAUGAACAGGUACCAUCUCAAGUAAAACCAAACCAGCAGGGGUUGUUUCAGCCUCCCAGCACACAGCAGCUGCCUGUACCUUUCUCCAUGAGCCAGAACAAGCCUCCAGCAGAUAUGGUUGCUGUAAGCGGAGGGAUAGAUAUGACCGUCGCUGGUGGAUUCGAUAAAAACAACACGUUCAAGCAUACCAAGAGCAGCAUUCAAGGUGGGUUCAGCUGUGUGGGGAACUGGAGCGGCCCGCAACUGGAGACGAGGCUGCCGCAACAACCAAACAUGACAUCACAGCCGUCGCCAUCAUCGAGCUUUCUUCAGCCUCACAGUCAAACCCAAUAUGACCCUAAACCUCAGCCGCAGCUGCUCCCACUCGAGAGUUUUUUGUCCAAAGCUCCAGCUCUGAGCACCAGAGAGACAAAUGGGAAUGUGGACGUCAGAGGCCAGAAUAACAUCAACCCCUUGACUUCAGCGACGAGACCGAUGGAGAAGCUUUGUCCUUCUGUAGAGGAGAAAUCAGCAACACAGAGCACAGACCCCCUCUGUGGGACUUUAGGGGUUCCUUCUCAGCCGCACCCCAGUUUAGUAUUUACAGAUACUGGUCAGCAGGGACCCUCCAUUGCCCCCGACAUCAAUAAAGUAACACAGCAGCUCUCAAAGUCACAGGUGGAAGACAUUUUACCUCCUGUGUUCUCAGUCACCCCUAAAGGCAGCGGUGCUGGCUACGGAGUGGGCUUUGACCUGGACGACCUUCUCAGCCAGUCACUAACAGACCUGCAACACUGUGACCGGGACAGUUACGACUCAGCCCCCCUCUCGGCCUCCCUGUUAUCUGAUUGGAGCGAGGUCCACCGCAUGACUCCCGCUGACCUGGAGUCACUGCAGCAGGAGCUACAGCUUGGCUCUCCCAUGAUCCUCUCCGAUACCAUCCCCCCCGAUGCUUGACUCACCCCUUUUCCCCAAAAAGCUGCUUUCGUUCAGAUCUCUUUUUAAUGUCAAAACC